AUUACUGGUGUUUAGGGCAUAUGUUAUUUAUUAUGUUUUAGUUUUAUUGUAUUUGUCAUUUGCUUUCAAUUAUAAUGUAGCGGUGAAAACCCUAAAAUGGCAUUCUUUGUAUUUUUGUAUUUGCUAAUGAGUAUUCAUGUACAAAGUGGAAAAAGUGAAGGUGUAUGUUCUUUUUGCGUGGGUGAACAGUUCGAGUGUAUUAACGAAAAUUGUUACUGCGCCACAGGCUACGUACCAAAUUAUCACAAUACAGAUUGUACGUUGUGUCCAGGAUUAGGAGAAAAAUGUUACGGGCCUUGUUGCAGCGAUCAAACCAACGAAACUCUUCAAUGCUGGCGGGGUAUCUGUCAACCUUGUUAUGACCCACACGGUAAUUGGAUUUGCAGAGACUCAUUGGACCAAAUUAUACUCGUGUCUGGCUCCCAAAUUAUAAUGGCUAUCGCUCUCGUGCUCGGAAUUAUUGCCACUUUUACAUUGCUCUACAAACUUUGUGCUGUGACAAGCCUAAGACCUCUUGGGGCCCACUCGAAUGAAAGUCGACUAUCAGUUGGGAGUUUGCAAAUAUACGUAAAUGAACGUUUAAGGGAUGCUCCACCAAAGUAUUCAAGAACAGCGCCCUCGGGUUCAGCGGUAUAUCCUGCAGCUGUAUAUCUUAAUGCGGGAUUUGUACAUGACAACAGCUUACCUCCGCCGCCGUACACUCCUGAACGAAAAAGUGAUAAUGAAACGAAUACAACAAUUCAUAUGUGAAAAAUCUCAUCAAUUUGUACCUAUAUAAUUAUCUAUAAUCUUAGUUAGGUAGUUUUUUCACAACUAUUUAAUCAGCGUAUAUUGUAAUUAUAGGCUUUUUCUACAGAACAGCAGUGCUAUUCUGUAAGAACUCACUUAAUUACUCACCCGUGAAAUGUUGACAACCGAUUCUGUUGACUGUUGGCGAUAUACUUUUUUCAUACGUGUAUUCAUGAAACGUUAUGGUCAAUGUCGCAAAAUUCUUUCAGACAAUUCACGAACGUUUUCUACGGGGAGUUUCGAGUUCGUUCUUACAGAAUAGUCCUUCAAUAUAGACCUAGCUUAACGUAAUUGUAAAGUUAAAAUGACUACACCGGCAGGGUUAAAACGAUUUACAUUGCGAAAUUGCAGGUCCAGUUCUUUUUUUUAACUAGAUAUAAAACAAAUUAGUAGUGUACAAUUUUAUUCAUACGAAUACAUACACAACACGAAUACAACACUUUUACUUUAAGAAUAAAAAAUAUUUCGCUAAAAUAAAAUGUUAACCAUGUCUUUCUA